CUCCUGUCAAGAUGUAGCUCCUCCCACUUAUUGCUCACCUGCAUAUAAGCUCACCUGUAGCGUCGGCAGCUCAGAGCCUCCUGCAUUCCUCUGGAUCCCUCCCACCCUGACUCUGUCUGAAGAAAGUCCUGCCUCCGCAGCCACCUACCGUGGCCUCCAGUAUGUCCAUUAGGAGUUACUCCAUGAACCGUCAGCCGUCCUUCUCCAGCCGUUCCCUGAUGGACACCAGCCGCUCUCGCUCCCGCGCUUCAGUGUCUUUCGCGGCAGCCAGCCCGCUGGCCCGCUCAGCUUCUAUCGGCCAGGAUCUCAACGGGCCGGCUGGCCUCCAACUUAACGGCCUGCACGGCAACAGCGCCAACGACAAGGAGGCCAUGCAGAGUCUCAACACCCGUCUGGCCAACUACCUGGACAAGGUGCGGUCACUGGAGCACUCCAACGCGGACCUGGAGAUGAGGAUCAAGCAACUGAUGCUCGACCGCGUUCCCAAAGGUCAUGACCUUGACAGCAUGAUGGCCCAAGCUCAUGCUGUCGAGCAAGAGGUGAGGAAGAAGACUUUGGAGAAUGCUCGUAUCAUGCUGGAGAUCGAUAAUGCCAAACUGGCUGCGGACGACUUCAGAAUCAAGUGGGAGACCGAGCUGGUGAUGGGUCAGUCUGUGGAGCGAGACUGUGUUGCCCUGAAAAAGGCCAAGACUGAUCACGAGCAGAUCAUCGCCUCCCUGAGGGGAGAUCUGGACAGCCUGAAAGAAGAACUUUACUUCCUGAAGAAAAACCACGAGGAGGAACUCGAGCAGAUGAAGUCUCGUAUUGCCAAAGAUGAGGUGAAUGUUGAGGUGGACUCUGCCAGCGGGCCGGAGCUGGGCACCAUUCUGUCGACCCUGCGUUCCCAGUAUGAGGGGAUCGUCAAGAAGAACAAGGACCAGGCGGAGCAGUGGUACCGCAAGAAGCUGGAGACGGUGCAGAACGAGGUGAAGGAGAGCAACGAAGCUCUGAGAGGAGCGCAGAGCGAGCUGACCGAGAGGCAGCGCUUCCUGCAGAACCUGGAGGUGGAGCUGGAGAGUCUGCACAAACAGGUGGCAGCGCUGGAAGGCAACCUGGGUGAGACCGGUCAGAAAUACUCCAGCGAGAUGGAUCGGCUGCAGGCCACGCUGAGCCAGCUGGAGGACGACCUCUCCCAGCUCAGGAUCGAAAUGCAGCGCAUCAAGACGGACUACGAGCAGCUCCUCCGCAUCAAGCAGAACCUGGAGAUGGAGAUCGCCACCUACAGGCGCCUGCUGGAGGGAGAGGAGACUUUCAAAGAGGUUCCUCCUCCACCAAAAAAGGAGCCUGAUGUCCGCACCAGGAAGAUCGUGAAGGUGGUGACUCAGACGAUGGUCAAUGGCAAAGUGGUGGACGAAUCCAGCGAGGUGGAGCAAAUAGAAGAGAGCAAGAAAUAGAAAAUAAUGGAAAUGACAGCAAAAAGUAGCUGAAAAUGACACUGCGAUCAUUCAACUAAAAAAACACAACACAUUAGCAUAAAUAGUGAUUGUUUUGGGGGAAUUAAUUGCCCUAUGAAUGUUUUGUGUUUUCAUUGAAAUAUUCUUCUGAUGUAGGCUUAUCAGUGACAACCAAAGUGUUCUUGUUUUUUCUGGAGAAUAAUAGCAUUUCAAUAAUAUUGUCCGGUAUUACUCCUAUAUGACUGUAUCUGCUGCAAAGCUUUGCAUGCCUAAACUAGUUUUGAAUAUAGAUGUGUGUAAGGGAGAGGACUAACCAGUGCUAUACGUUUAAACAUGUUGUGUACUUAACCAAAAUAUUUAUUUCUUAGUGUGGUGAAGUUUACUGUAGUAAAUGUAAGACAUGCCUUUACUCAUUUUACAAGAAUAUCACUUAAUCGUCUUUGCUGUUUUUGUGUUUGUACCAUCUCUAAAUCAAACGUUUCAUUAAUCCA